AUGUCCAAAAUUUACCAAUGUCGCAGAGCAAAUUCAACACCUCUCAAUAUCAUUGGUGAAAUUAAAUUGGAAGUUAAAGUUAAAUCAAUUAAAACUUAUACAACUGCAUAUGUGGCCUCAAAUUUAAUUAUAUCAAUUCUAUUAGGAAACGAUUGGAUUAAUUCAAACCAUGUACAUCUUUUUGGUGAUCAGAAUCAAUUGACAAUUCCUGAUCAAUAUGGUCAAUUAAUCUCAAUUCCAUAUUUAGAACCUACUGGUAUUAAUUAUCCAGCAUUAUUAAUCAAUCAAAUUACUCUUCCACCUCAUUCACAAACAUUGGUUAACAUCACAUGUCAAAUCGAUAACGCUUAUGAUUUAAUAUUCGAACCUUAUAAAUUUUUAUUAAUAAAUGCAAAUGAUGACCAACAAACAUUAUCAAAGAAUACACGAAUCAGAACUAUUGCCCGUCAUUCAACAUAUACAAUUUAUACCACAACACAAAAUUCUUUUCCAACUCAUGACAAACUUAUUCGACAAUCAUAUUUUAAAUCUAAACCACGAGCUGUUCUUAAUAAAAAAGACAACUCGAAUACGAACAUAUUAGAUGUUAUUUGUCAUGAAUGUAACGAAUAUUUUUUAUCUGGUAAUGAUUUACAAAAACAUUUAAGAGAACAAUGUUAUUCAGAACAACUUCGACAACAAAUAUCAAGUCUAACCAAACAUAUAGAAAAUGGAAACAAUCGUUCAAAAAUUCAAGAUAUAUUAUGGCGAAAUAAAAUAUUAUUUGAUCCGACACCAUCAAUUAUUAAUAUUCCACCACAAUCAGCAAUUAAAACUGGUGAUCAUCCACCUAUAUAUUCAAAACAAUAUUCGUGUUCUUCAAAAGAUCAAGAUAUUAAAUUCCAAGAAACGCAAAAAUUAUUAGAACGUGGUCAAAUUGAAGAAUCAACUUCUCCAUGGUCAUCACCAAUAGUUCUCGUUAAGAAGAAAGAUAAAACAAUGAUAUUCUGUAUUGAUUAUCGACGAUUAAAUGAUAUUACAAUCAAAGAUGCAUUUCCAUUACCUCGCAUCGAUGAAAUAUUUGAUCAAUUAUCUGAUGCAAUGUAUAAUACAAAAUUUGAUUUUAAAUCUGGUAUAACGAAUGGACCCGCAACAUUUCAACGAGUUAUUCACCACAUAUUAGGACCAGCAAGAUGGAAAUAUGCACUAGCUUAUAUUGAUGUUGUAAUUAUCUAUUCGAAAACAUUUGAAGAACAUUUAAAACAUCUUAGUGAAAUUUGUACAAUAUUAAAAAAUACACGAUUUCGACUCAACUCUGAUAAAUGCGAAAUUGCUCAAACUCAAACAGAAUAUCUUGGACAUCAAAUUAAAAAUGGUGAAAUCCGUCCAAGUCCACAAAAUAUUCAUGGUCUAUUGAAUAGAAAAUUACCACAAACAGCUGAUGAAGCUUGCAAAUUUGUUAAAGCAACUGAAUAUUAUAGAAAAUUUAUACCAAAUUUUUCUCAAAUUGCUGAACCAUUACGAAAAUUUGUUCCAACAGCAAAAACUCAACAAAAACGAGGACAAAAAACAAUAAUUAAAUUAACCGACGAUGAAGUUAAAGCAUUCGAAAAACUUAAACAUUAUCUUACAACACAUUUGGUUUUAAAAUUACCAAAUAAUAGAUUCCCAUUCAAAGUUCAAACUGAUGCAUCUGACGAGGGAAUCGGAGCAGUAUUAUUACAAAUUUAUCCAGACGAUGAUAGACCAAUUGCAUUUCUUUCGAAAAAAUUUACUCAAGCACAACCAUUAACACAAUUAAAUGAAAAAGCUCAAAUUAAUAAACGAUGUGAACGAUGGAGAUUAAAAAUUUUAGAAUAUGAUUUCAAGGUGAAAUAUAUUCCAGGUUUAACAAAUUCUAUGCCUGAUUAUUUAUCAAGAUCUCCAGUUGAUGACGCUGAAGAAGAUCCUGAUGAAAUUUCAAAUCUUGUUUCAACAUCAACACAAACCGAUUCUUCAUAUAUUAAUAAAAAUG